GGAACUAAUUCGAAGCAGUUGUGAAUGAGAAGCGGCCGAGCCAACUGAACCCGACAAAAUGAAACUACGGGCUGCGUAUUUAUAAAAACAAACCGGUAUCAACUGUGCUAACUUGCAGCCGUGCUAAAUGUGUUUAAGUUCAGUUUGGUGCAAUGUUAACGACACUAAUAAAUGUUUGUAAACGGAAAGUUGGUGAAAGUUGAAAGUUCUAUGGAGAUGUGCACUUUUAUUAGUAAGCAGCGUACAUGAAUUUAAGGAGCAAGGUGAUGCUUGAGCGGUCGUGGUGCGUGGUGUGGAUCGCCACGCUGUCGCUGGGCUGGGCGGGCGCGGUGUGCGAGCGCGGCCGGAGCUGGUGGGACCGGCGCGCCGGCGCCUGCGCCCCGUGUUCCCUGUGCGACCCCGCGCGCCGCCUAGCCGUCCUGUUACCCUGCGAGCUCCACCGAGACACCGUCUGCCACGCUCUGCAACACAUCGACAUCUUCCCGCCAACUGAAUCCAAUGACACAAGUGACUAUGAGUACUCGAGUGACUAUGACGAGGAGUAUGUGGACAGUGAGCCGUGGGGGCAGUGGCCGGCGCUCACGGUGGCGGCUAGUGGGUGUGUGGUGUUCUUUGUGGUGGUGUCGUGUCUGACGCUGCACCACGCCAAGCAGUGGAGGAUACUCAAGCAAGCGCUCAAGUCAGAUGUCCAAGAUUUAUCAGCCAAGCUGAGACUGAUGGAGUCGGGCGCGGAGCCGCCGGUGGACCCUGCGCGGGCCACGGACCACAUCUACUGCAACAUACACGUCACCAAGGAGAACCUAUUAGGUGCUCCAAUGAGUAAGAAGGGCAACGUGUACACUCAAGAGAAGCCCUGUUCCUGAACCACCGAUGAUGAAACUUCAGUACAAAUGCUACAGAAACCUCGCAGGCGCGGGGAUACCAUGUUUCUUUCAGUUACUAUCCUAAUUAAAGAAACUAUUUAAUUUUA